AUGGCUAGUCAGGGACUUGUCAAAAUGGGGUGCAGACGGAGGAUUGGUGGUGGGCGGACUACGCAGGUUUGGGCUCAUCCAUGGUUGCCUAAUUCACAGGAUCCUUUCGUGUCAACUGACCAACUGGCUAUUAACCAAGGCAUGAUGGUUGCCGAUUUAGUUGAUGAUGUCACGGGAACAUGGAAUACUAAUUUGAUCCAGCAAAUUUUUAAUGCACGAGAUGCCUCCUUGAUUAACAAACUACCUUUGAAUGACACUUAUGAUGAUUUGUGGUACUGGGAAGGAGAUAUAACGGGGAAUUAUUCGGUAAGAAGUGGCUAUAGGCGGCUAGGGGAUGUUUUGGCGCCUAAUUCGUACGUUUGGAGUAGCAUAUGGAAGUUGAAAAUCCCUCCAAAUCGGAAGAAUUUUAUGUGGAGAGCCCUUUCUAACAUUUUGCCAACUCUUGAUAAUUUGAUUAAAAAGAGAGUGGAGCUGGUCAAUGUAUGCCCGGCUUGUGGUUUAGUAGAGGAGAAUGUUAUGCAUGUGCUUUGUUCGUGUACUUAUGCCUCUCUUGUAUGGAAUCUCUUGCAGUUGCCAAUACCCCCUUUUAAUGGUAACAGUUUUCUGUUUUGGGCAGAGUUGUGGCUGGGAGACGCAUCGACGCUGGGGUGUGAUGUUAGAGGGAGAAUAUGUGGUGUGUUGCAUGGUAUUUGGUCAGCUAGGAACUCGGUAGUUUGGAACGGAAAUCUGCCAACUCCAACUGCCUUGUGUAACCGGCUGUCUUCUAGUUGGGUUGCGUGGCAGGAGUACGGCGCACGUCCCAAGGUCCCACAAGCGCAUUUAAACACCAGUUUUGUGCAUGAAGGCCAAAGGCAGAAUGGUGUACGUUGCUAUGUAGAUGCGGCAUUUCAUAAUAGCCAUCAAAAUGCCACUUACGGUUUUUUGGUGAUGGAGGCGGAUGGGAGCUACGUUGCAGCGGCUAAUGGUCCUAUGGAAUGUCCGUAUGAUCCCCUAAUGGCGGAGGCGAUGGCGGUGACUGAGGCGCUAUCUUGGCUUAAGAAUAAUGGUUAUGCGGCGGCCUCACUAUUCACGGAUUGUGCAGUUCUAGUUACAAGUCUUAGUAAUACUCGUUCAUUUCGUUCAUAUAUUGGUUUUGUUUUGGACGCGUGUAUUCGUUUAAUUUCUACUAUGCCUGGCACUAUAGUUACGUUUGUUAGACGAGACGCUAAUAAAGCGGCUCAUAUGUUGGCUAAGCACGAAAAUGCGCCAGCCGUAUGUUCAGUCUGGAGGGAUGGUCCUCCGUCUUUUUAG